CCCGCCCAAAGUAGCACAGCCUAUAGCAGCCGGAGGACAGAACUGACUGAGCACCGCAGCCACAAGGACAUGCUACAGUCCCCGCUAGAAUCUUCAGCUCUAGACAGAGAACGCGUUUUUGAUCCAUUUAAAGGAGUAUGAUUCCAGUGACCGAAUUCCGGCAGUUCACGGAACAGCAGCCGGCGUUCCGGGUUCUGAAGCCAUGGUGGGAUGUGUUCACAGACUACCUCUCUGUGGUCAUGCUCAUGAUAGGUGUGUUUGGAUGCACUCUGCAGGUGAUGCAAGACAAAAUCAUAUGCCUUCCUCAGAGGACAUUCUCGCCAAACCAGACUGAGCUGAUGUGCCCACCUCCUUCCUCAAAUCAUGAAGCGACAGUGACCCGACAGCCUGACCAUGAGUUGAAAGGACUGAAGACGAACUUGGAUAUUCAGCAGUAUAAUUACAUAAACCAAAUGUGCUACGAAAAGGCGCUGCAUUGGUAUGCUAAGUACUUCCCUUACCUGGUUCUCAUACAUACCGUCAUUUUCAUGGUGUGCAGCAACUUCUGGUUCAAGUUUCCUGGCUCCAGCUCAAAAAUUGAGCACUUUAUAUCCAUCCUGGGCAAGUGUUUUGACUCUCCAUGGACUACGAGGGCCCUGUCAGAAGUAUCUGGGGAGAAUCCUGAAGAGAAAGAUAACAAGAAGAACAGUGCCAGUAGGUUAAACCUUGAUACUCCAAUUGGCGAGGGCAACCUGGAGAAGACUCAAUCUUUAAGAUCAAUUCCUGAAAAGAUUGUUGUGGACAAGCCAGCACCAAGUGUUCUUGACAAGAAAGAAGGAGAGCAAGCCAAGGCCUUGUUCGAGAAGGUCAAAAAAUUCCGCCUGCAUGUGGAGGAGGGCGAUAUAUUAUACAUGAUGUAUGUCCGUCAGACAGUUGUAAAAGUGCUCAAGUUUAUCCUUAUAAUUGCGUACAACAGUGCUCUUGUGUCAAAAGUUAGGUUCAGUGUUACCUGUACUGAGAACAUGCAGGAAAUGACAGGUUACCGGUACUUCUGUUGCAAUCACACUAUGGCCCACUUGUUCUCUAAGCUCUCUUACUGUUAUUUGUGUUUUGUUGGUGUUUAUGGACUCACAUGCCUUUAUACAUCAUACUGGCUAUUCUAUAUUUCCCUCAAGGAAUACUCUUUUGAAUAUGUCAGGCAAGAGACCGGAAUUGAUGAUAUCCCAGAUGUAAAGAAUGACUUUGCUUUCAUGUUGCACAUGAUCGACCAGUACGAUCCUCUAUAUUCCAAAAGAUUUGCAGUUUUUCUGUCAGAGGUGAGUGAAAACAAGCUGAAACAGCUCAACCUCAACCACGAGUGGACCGCCGACAAGCUUCGCCAGAAGCUGCAGACCAACAGCAACAACAGGCUAGAGCUUCAACUCUUCAUGCUGUCUGGGCUCCCAGAUACCAUUUUUGAAGUGACAGAGCUCCAAUCUUUAAAGCUUGAGAUUAUUAAUAAUGUCACCAUACCAGCAGCCAUUGCCCAGCUGGAGGAUCUCCAGGAGCUUUCGCUGUACCAGUGCUCGCUCAAGAUCCACAGCGCAGCCACCUCGUUCCUCAAGGAGAACUUGAAGGUGUUGCGAGUGAAGUUUGAUGACGCCCGUGAGCUUCCACAGUGGAUCUAUGUGUUGCGGAACCUGGAGGAGCUCCACCUGAUUGGCUCUUUGAGUUCCGAUGCAUCGAAGAAUGUAACCCUAGACUCUCUUCGAGAGCUCAAAGCGUUGAAGACACUAACACUCAAAAGCAACUUCACCAAGAUCCCUCAGUCCAUCGUUGAUGUGGCCAGCCAUCUACAACGCCUCUGCAUUUGCAACGAUGGCACCAAACUCGUCAUGCUAAACAACCUGAAAAAGAUGGUGAACCUAACAGAACUCGAGUUGGUGCACUGUGACCUGGAACGCAUACCACAUGCUAUCUUCAGCUUGGCUAAUCUACAGACGUUGGAUCUUAAAGAGAACAAUCUACGCACCGUUGAAGAGAUCGUAAGCUUCCAGCAUCUGCGUAAGCUGACCUGUCUGAAGCUUUGGCACAACGGCAUCGCUUUUAUACCAGAACACAUCAAAAAGCUUGGCAGCUUGGAGCGCCUCUACUUCAGCCAUAACAAGAUCGAGAUCUUGCCUUCACACUUGUUCCUGUGCAACAAGCUGCGCUACCUUGAUCUGUCCAACAACGACAUCCGUUUUAUCCCACCGGAGAUAGGCGUUCUCCAAAGCCUUCAGUACUUCUCUGUUAGUUGUAACAAGAUUGAAAAUAUUCCUGAUGAGCUCUUCUUCUGUAAGAAGCUGAAGACUCUGAAGCUUGGGAGAAACAUGCUGUCGGUCCUCUCCCCAAAGAUUUCGUUCCUAAGUGUACUGACUCACUUGGAGUUAAAGGGUAAUCAUUUUGAGUCCUUACCAGCUGAACUUGGCUUUUGUCGCGCCUUGAAGCGCGGUGGACUUGUCGUAGAAGACACGCUGUUUGAAACGCUGCCUUCAGACAUCAGGGAACAAAUGCAAGCAGAGUGAUGACUGCUUUGCUUUAAUGCCAUAUAUUGUAAUCUGACUCCUUAAGAGGCAAGACUCCAGGUGUUCCGUCCUGUAGUAUAUAUUGUGGUCUGUAUGGGUGAGUACUUGCAAUUUCAUGUUUAAAGCUGGACUUGUGCUUGAUGGCCUUUUAAUGCAAAAAAAGACUAGGGAUGAAUACCUUUUAAUGCCUUACAUUGUAUAUUAUGGAAAAGAAGUCAUGUAAAAUGUACAAAUUUUAAGACCCUCUAUCUUAAUUUUCUAAGAUAUAUGUUUUUUAGCUGUAAAUCAUAAAAGUAGACAACUUAUGACAGGGAUUCAUUUACAGACAGUGGGAUGCAAUCUCAUUGUAUGCUUUCACUGCAUUCGACUGACAUUUGCUUUCAUAGUCCAUUAAGCUUUUGCAGGUCAAGUACUGUACAACAUGUUUUUGCACUGGAAAUAGCGAUAUUAGAUUUUGCACUGGAAACUUUAACAUUCCCUUUUAUUUGACUUUUGUAUGUGUAUAUAGGACUUUGAAGUAUAUAAGAUAGGAAAAUAGUUCAUGUAAUCAUUUAUACCAGUAGUAUUUGCUUAAAUCUAAAGCUUUUGGAGAAUCCUUAUGCAUGUGUUCUCAGGUAGACUUUACAUGCUUUUCUUUUCAUUGCCGUUAAUGUUAAACAAGUUUGACAGCUGUUGCUAGGAGAUCCUGGGCAGAUAAAGCUAACCACAUUUCACUAUGUCCCUUCUGAACUAGUUGUACUAGCUUCUACUGUCACAAAGGGGGUAUUUAUCCUGCUGUGUUUUGCAGUACUUGACUUCUAAGACAGAAUGCAGAUGCAGAAGGCAUUUCACUUAUCUUAACAUAGCCUUUUAGUGUACACACGUUUCUUAUAAACAAACAAUGUACUAUAAAUAGACAUUUAGAUGUAUUCAUUAUAUUAGUCAACAGUAUUUGUCAGUGUAUCUCGCAUUGUAUGCUCUUUCUGUUUUAUGCAACCUGUCAGAAACAAAGCUCUAAGGAUAUAUACAAAUGCAUUUUAUUAAAUGGCUUCUGCUAUGUCUAUAAUAUGCAAAAAAGCAAGAAGAUCUCUUAAGGUGCACUAAGAUAAAUCAGGUAGACUAAGUUUCCGUAGUGUUUUCUCUCAGCUACUCCGUGGCGAUGGGUUAUUAGUGAGGAGGUCAUGUACAUGGUAAUUACAUUGUGUCUGAUCUGAUCUUGCCUUGUGGGAGGUGAUUCGUCUGAUGUACUGAGAUCAGCAUGUGGCCUUUUAUUUUGAUAUGGACUUCUGUUACAUCGCCAUCAUAAACAAGUGUCAUUGAAUCAGUGUUUCAUGUAUGAAUUCCAAGACACUGGUAAAACACAUCUUUCGUUGCUUUAAGAAGGUUAAAACUGAAUACUUGAGCUGUUUAGAUCACCAGACUUUAGUGUGUUUUGUAUGUAUCUAUGUAUCAAAUGGAUUUAGUUAAUUUGUAGUGAUAUUUUUUAAAGUAGACCUGUCUUCGGUUAGGAAGGUCAGUUCCUGUUCUGGUCUUGUGUCUGCUCUGCAUGUUAAAGGUUAUAGUGGUGUGGAUGCCAAAGCGUAUUAAAAUGGAGGAUGUUGAUUUUUGCCAUUAGAAGUGCUGACAUAUUAUGCUGAUACCGUAUGCCUUAUUUUUCAGUAUAAUUUUCAUUCUACCAAAGUGUUUUUGAUUUGUAAAACAGCAUAAAUAAAAUGCAUUUUUUUGUC